GUGAAAACUAUCCACAAGAAAACUCAUACAAGUUUAAACCACAAAUCAAAAGAAAUAGCCAAAAUGCCAGCCAUUGGAAUCGAUUUGGGCACCACAUACUCCUGCGUGGGAGUCUUCCAACACGGAAAAGUGGAGAUCAUUGCCAACGACCAGGGUAACCGUACCACUCCAUCGUACGUGGCCUUCACCGACUCGGAACGCCUUAUUGGAGAUGCCGCUAAGAACCAGGUGGCCAUGAACCCCAGGAACUCUGUGUUCGAUGCCAAGCGUCUGAUUGGGCGUCGUUUUGACGAUUCCAAGAUCCAGGACGACAUAAAACACUGGCCGUUCAAAGUGAUCAACGAUAACGGCAAGCCAAAGAUAAGCGUUGAGUUCAAGGGCGCGGAUAAGUGUUUCUCUCCCGAGGAGAUUAGCUCGAUGGUACUCACCAAAAUGAAGGAAACUGCAGAAGCCUACCUGGGCACUACAGUGAAGGACGCUGUCAUCACUGUGCCGGCCUACUUCAACGACUCCCAGCGCCAGGCAACAAAGGAUGCCGGUGCAAUCGCUGGCAUCAAUGUGCUCCGCAUCAUCAACGAGCCAACAGCGGCGGCUCUGGCCUACGGCCUGGACAAGAAUCUGAAGGGAGAGCGCAAUGUGCUUAUUUUCGAUCUGGGCGGUGGUACUUUUGACGUCUCCAUCUUGACCAUUGACGAGGGAUCCCUGUUUGAGGUGCGCUCCACUGCGGGAGACACCCAUCUGGGUGGCGAGGACUUUGACAACCGCUUGGUUAACCACUUUGCCGAGGAGUUUAAGCGCAAGUACAAAAAAGAUCUGCGCUCCAACCCACGCGCACUGCGUCGCCUUCGCACUGCAGCCGAGCGCGCAAAGCGCACCCUUUCCUCCAGCACGGAGGCUUCUUUGGAGAUUGACGCCCUGUACGAGGGACACGACUUCUACUCGAAGGUGAGCCGCGCCAGAUUCGAGGAACUUUGCGGUGACCUCUUCCGCAACACACUGGAGCCAGUUGAGAAGGCACUCAAAGACGCCAAAAUGGACAAGAGCCAGAUCCACGACAUAGUCCUGGUUGGAGGCUCUACUCGUAUUCCCAAGGUUCAGAACCUGCUGCAGAACUUCUUCGGCGGAAAGACCCUGAACUUGUCAAUCAAUCCGGACGAGGCGGUGGCCUACGGAGCAGCCAUCCAGGCAGCAAUUCUGUCGGGCGACGAGAGCAGCGAGAUCAAGGACGUUCUACUGGUCGAUGUUGCCCCACUCUCGUUGGGCAUAGAAACCGCCGGCGGGGUGAUGACCAAGCUGAUUGAGCGCAACAGCCGCAUUCCGUGCAAGCAGUCCAAGACCUUCACCACCUACGCCGACAACCAGCCGGCGGUGACUAUUCAAGUGUUUGAGGGCGAGAGGGCUCUGACUAAGGACAACAAUGUAUUGGGCACAUUCAACCUCACUGGCAUUCCGCCCGCACCCCGUGGAGUGCCCAAGAUCGACGUCACUUUUGAUUUGGACGCAAACGGUAUCCUAAAUGUGACCGCCAAGGAGCAGGGCACUGGCAACGCCAAGAACAUUACCAUCAAGAACGACAAGGGUCGUCUUUCGCAGGCGGACAUCGACCGCAUGCUCAGUGAGGCGGAGAAGUACGCCGAGGAGGACGAGCGCCAUCGCCAACGGAUCGCCGCCCGCAAUAAACUGGAGACCUAUGUGUUUGGUGUAAAGGAGGCGGCCGAAAAUGGUGGCGAUCGCAUCAGUGCAGCCGACAAGAACAGUAUUCUGGAGCGUUGCAGCGACACGAUAAAGUGGUUGGACAGCAACACCACCGCCGAGAAGGAUGAGUACGAGUACAAACUGAAGGAAAUGGAACAGUUCUGCAGCCCCAUCAUGACCAAGAUGCACCAGGGAGGUGGAGAUGGCCAGCAGGCUCCAAACUUUGGACAACAAGCAGGAGGUUACAAGGGUCCCACCGUCGAGGAGGUGGACUAAUUCAAACGAAGUCCUCCUAUGUUGAUCUCAUAACCAAAAAUACUCAAAUAUCUAAAAAUAUAGUUCCAAAAUGCUAUUAAGUAUUAAUAAAUAUUAUAUAUGACUUGCCAAAGCACAUAAAAUUUGU